UUCCUUGGGAAAUCCUGUUUUUCAUGUGUUUUUUCCUCCUCUCCUCUCCAGUUCCCCAGCUGUCUCACAGGUGUGCCCUCACGCUGCCCUGCUGUGCAGAAGCUGGUGGGGCCACCUGUGCCAAAGCCCCCCAGGUCACGGGGGUCACAGUUCAGCUGGAGAUGCACACGCUGUGGCAGCAGUUUGACCAGCUGGGCACAGAGAUGAUCGUCACCAAGGCUGGGAGGAGGAUGUUCCCUACCUUCCAGGUGAGUAUCUCAGGGAUGGACCCUGCAGCGGAGUAUGUGCUGCUCAUGGACUUCAUCCCUGUGGAUGACAAGAGAUACAGAUAUGCGUUCCACAGCUCCUCGUGGCUGGUGGCAGGCCGGGCCGACGUGGCGGCCCCGGGGAGGAUGCACUUCCACCCUGACUCCCCCGCCAGAGGCUCCCAGUGGAUGAAACAGAUGGUCUCCUUCGACGCACUCAAACUGACCAACAACCUGCUGGAUGACAAUGGACAUAUGAUCUUGAACUCCAUGCAUCGUUACCAGCCUCGAUUCCAUGUGGUGUAUGUGGACCCACGGCGGGAUAGCCAGCUUCAUGCCCACCGCAACUUCUGCACCUUCUCCUUCCCGGAAACACGCUUCAUAGCCGUCACUGCCUACCAGAACCACAGGAUCACCCAGUUGAAGAUAGCCAGUAACCCGUUUGCCAAGGGCUUCCGAACUACUGAUCCUGAUGCCUGGGUGGGCAGUGCCAGGCCCCUGCGUCACUCUCUGCCCACCUGGCAGCCACAGGAGGGCAGCCACGAGCCUGACAGUAUGUCGGGAGAGCAGCGACCACAGAACCUAAAGAGUCUAUCAACGCAUCGUGAACUAGGCCACCACUGCAGGGAAGACAUCAACUGUACCAGUGAGAGAAAGGAUGUGGAGAAUAAUAUUUUCCCACCUUUGACUUUCAUCCCCCUUCCCACUCUCUGGGAAUGUCCAGGCAUUUCAGAGAGACUGAACCUGGGAUGAGAGGAGGGAAUGUCUUACAUAGUUCCAUUGCUAAAGAUCUUCCUACAGUAGCCCACAUUCUCCUUCAAUAUGUGAAUAUCUCUCUUCAUUAUUUCUCAAAGGAACCAAGUGAAAAUGUUCUAUUAUGAGCUCAAUCAUUUAGCCUAUUUUCUUUGAUUGUUUCAUCUUGGGCUGGUGAUUUUAGAUAUGACUUUUUACACAAAGCACACAAGGCAAUAUAGGGGAAUUAAUUGUUUAAAGUGGAAAAUAUUGUUAUUCAAAUUAUGUCAAU